ACAGUUAUAAACUUAUCUUAAGAGGGAAGUCAAUUGUCUUAAAAAAGAAAUAAUGCCAUAGACGCAAUAUUUCUAUUGAGAAUUGCGUUGUCUCUACAGAUCAUCAGACUCUCCUUUAACUCACAGUCAGCAACUUUCACAAAUAAUAAGGGAAAAAUUUGCAAAAUUCAUUUGCAAAAUGCAUUUCCAGAACCUAAAUGUUUGCGAAUGAGCCAUAUUAACAGAUUUUGCAAAUAUAAACUUUUGUGAAUCGUUGCUCUGGAAAAUUUUGCGAGCAUUAUAAUUGAAUGUUUGUGCACUUAAAGUAGGUCUUUAGUUGUUACUGUUAAAACAUGUAAUAAUAUAACUGAACUGGUUGGUGGUCUGUGGAAAAAAUCCAAGGAUUCGCCUGUCUUCUACUUGUGGUGCUAUUUUGUGUGACAGACAGACAUAAUACGGGUAUUAAAUGAAUUAACUUUUUCUGAAGUUUCUAAAAUUCAUCAGACAUAAUAGAAGAGUUUUAUGAACAAACAUAAUUUUACUUUCAGUGAUGGUGAAGAAAAUGCAAUAUGCAAGAAGUAAAAAUAAUGCAAAAAUUCUGGGCAUUAGCCUUCUUGAAGGGACAUCGAUUUAUAUCUGUAGAGAGGAACAUGACUGAAUCAUUAAAAACAUCUCCAGGAAAAGUUCUUGGUUCUGCUUUAGAAGAUGAAGUUAGAGAGAUUGGGCACACUGCUGUUUGGUCUCUAUCUUCUUGUAAGGCAGGUUUUGGUGUUGAACAGCUAUUGGACGAUAAUCUAGUAAAUUAUUGGCAGUCUGAUGGUCCACAGCCACACUUAAUAAACGUACAAUUUCGAAAAAGGACCACUGUUCGUUUCGUUAGCAUAUACACUGAUUAUAAAUCUGAUGAAAGUUAUACACCUAGUAAAAUCUCUGUGAGAAUUGGAAAUGAUCCACAUGAUUUGCGGCAAAUAGAGUUAUUGGAAUUAGGUGAACCUAGUGGAUGGAUCAACAUUGAGCUUGGUGAUGUCAAUAAUCCAGUAAAGACAUUUAUGAUACAAAUAGCUGUUUUGCAAAAUCAUCAAAAUGGCAGGGACACACAUUUGAGAUUAAUAAAAAUUUAUGCACCGAAACAUAGUAACUUCUCUGAAAAAAUACCCACCACAAAUCAGCUUCAUUCAGAUUUGUUUGCACAAUUUGCAACAAUACGAUGAACUUUUAUUUAGUCUUAGAUAAAUGUCGGCCGACACCUUUGUUGUUACCUUUAGGUUACUACCUAUUAGGCUUUGUGAAUCAGCUGUUGUUAUUAAAGCAGGAUAAGAUGUUUGUUUGAUGUUUGAGAUGGUGGAAGCAAACUUUUCUAGAGCUGAAGUCCUAACAUUUACCUAAGUUUUUCUUUUCAAUCCAUAUUUAACCUUCUUUUUUCAGGGAGUAUUUUAAUUAAAAAAAUAUACGAAUUUAGUCGUGGUAAUUGAAAUAUUUUAUUUGCCUGCUUCUGUUGUCAACACACUAUAGCAUUUGCAUUGUUGAAUUAGAAUUAUAUACGUACUUUAAGGGAGAAAAUGCUUAAUACUGUAUGAUAAAUUUUUAUGUAGUAUAAUCCUGAAUAAUUUAGUAGGUAAAUUAUUAUGUGCAAAUAAAUAUUUUCCAUUUUAAUGUGAAAGUUAAACUUUAAAGAAUAUGUAUUAUAACAAUGUUUUGUUAUUACAUUGUGUUGCAGUA